UGGGGGAAGUGGCUGUGCGCGAAGGCUUAACAAGGGGACAUUGCCAGGUGGACUUUUCAUGGCUAGAUCGAGUAAAUUGUUUCGGUUUCAGAAGUUCGAUUUUUUGGGGCAAUUACCAGGAGAACUCACAGACGCCACUCAAACCGGUACACCCCCUUGACUGGCGAGUCACCCAACAGGUUAUUAUGGCAUUAUCUCUGGCGUCUCCGUGUGGAGUCCUGUCUAACGAGGAAGAUGGCAUGGCUGUGUUUGAGUCCACGGCAGCUGACAUCGGAGGCCGACUGAACGGGUUCACUCUGCCUGAGCUCUCCAUCAUCUCCCCGGGGCUAGAACAUCGGCCAUCCAUCAGAGAGAAAACGUUGGGGAAGCCUGGAGUGGCCAGACAAGGCAACGGUGAUGAGGGGAGCACUGACAGAGUGAGGGUGUUUCUGCGUAUCCGCCCUCUGACUGAGGGAGAGAAGGAAAGAGGAGAGGAACAGGGCUGUGUGUGUGUGCACAACGAAGAGAGCCUGAUUCUCAAAGCCCCCAAAGACUCCCAGAACAUGAAGUGUGCAGAGAGGGGAGUCGCCCAGAGCGUGCACAAAUUCAGCUUCUCACGGAUCUUUGGCCCGGGGACCACACAACAGGACAUCUAUGAGAGCACAAUGAAGGAGAUGGUGAGAGAUGUGCUUCGUGGCGAGAGCCGUCUCCUCUACACAUACGGCGUCACCAACUCUGGCAAGACCUACACCGUUCAGGGAGUGGGUCGAGAGGCAGGCCUCCUUCCCAGAGCCCUGGUGUCUGUGUUCAGGAAGCUGCAGGGCCGCCUGUACGGGGCCAUGGACCUCAAGCCUGCCCUCUACCAGGAGGUACGCCAGCUGGAUGCCGGUGAGGUCCGGGCUGAGGAGAUCCGCAGAGACUCUCUGCUCAAAGAGGAGGGUGGCAUGACUUCUCGGAUGCGUGACGGCACCAGUACCUGGGACAGCGGCAUUGGUGGACUCUCCAUAACCAGCCACAUCGCCACCCAGCUAGAAGACUCAGACAGUGUGUUGCUGGAGCCUGACAGCUUGUCCCACAGUGGAGGGGAGGACCUGGAGGAGGGAGUGCAGUUCUCUGUGUGGGUGGCCUUCUACGAGAUCUACAACGAAUUCCUGUACGACCUGCUGGAGACUCCGCCCUCCCUGCAGCCCAAGAAGAGGGCCACUCUGCGGCUGAGUGACGACAAGCAAGGGAACCCUUACGUGAAAGACCUCACCUGGGUACAGGUCCGCAGUGCAGAGGAGGCUUGGAGAGUGCUCAGAGCUGGCCGGAGGAACCAGAGCUUUGCCAGCACUCACCUCAACCACAACUCCAGCCGCAGCCACAGCAUCUUCUCCACCCGGAUCCUGCACGUCCACCCAGAUUCUGACCGGGGCCUUGCCACACGCGUCAGCGAGCUGUCUGUCUGUGACCUGGCUGGCUCAGAGCGUUGUAAAGAGCAGCGCAACGGGGAGCGGAUGAAGGAGGCCAACAACAUCAACACCUCCCUCCACACCCUGGGCCGCUGUAUCGCUGCUCUGAGGCACAACCAGAACAACAAGCUACGAGCCCCUCAGGUGGUGCCGUUCAGAGACUGUAAACUGACCCGAGUGCUUCAGGGCUUCUUCUGCGGCCGCGGGCCGUCCAGUAUGGUGGUCAACAUCAACCCCUGUGCUUCGACCUACGACGAGACGCUCCAGGCCCUCAAGUUCUCUGCCAUCGCCACACAGCUGGUCCAUGGGCCGUCCACUAAGACCCGGGUGGCCUACAUCCUGUCCCUGCUGCGGGAGCCCCAGCCUCACUCCAAUGACAGCACUCUGAUGGAGGAAGACGAGGACAGUGAUGGUGAAGAGGGGGACAUCACCAUGUUCGAUUCAGAUGCUCUGCUGCGGGCCAUCGAGGUGCUGAAGAGGGAGGUGCAGCGGCAGCGGGAGGAGAAGGAGGUGCUGGAGGCCACCAUCAGGGAGCAGAUGUUCUCUGAGAUGAUGGAGGUGAUCUGUGGUAUGGAGAAGGACUUCAGCCAGACCCUGGAGACAGAGAGGGCUCUGUUGGAGGAGAGGUUUGAGGACAAGAUCAACAACCUGCAGAAAAGCCUCCGGAGAUACUACAACCAGGAAAUCGAGGAGCGUGAUGAACAGAUAGUGGCUCUGACUGCUGCCUUGGCGAAGGGAGGGGUAGCCCUAGCAGAGCCAGCCCCCCUUCCCCUCUUCCCACCCAUGGCCCUGGGAGGAGUCUCGGAGGGACCCGCCCCCCGUCGCUCCCAGCGCCUGGCCUCCACAACCACAGGAGAGUUGAGCAGAGUGAGGGCUGAGCUGGACCAGUGUCACGCCGAGCUGUUGGAGAAAAAACAAGAGCUGAGGCGUAUCCAGGGGCAGUGCACACCACCAGAGCCCUCAGACGCCCUGACCAACACUGCCAACCGCAAGCUGGUCGAGGGCCAAAAGAACCUGCGUCGGUUGCGUCUGGACCUGCAGAAGCUGUGUUUGAACCUGCAGUCUGGAGAGAGGGCAUGCUGCCGCAACACAGACGGGGAGAGGCUGCGCCAUGCGCUCGCAGCUGCAGACGGCACACUGGCCAAACAGGUUUAACACUAAAGACUUAACACAACUGCACCAGGUGGCGUUUCUCCUUCCACUCACCCAUCCCGCCAUCCUCUCUAACCCUGUCCACUCCUGUCCAUCCCCUCCUGUCCCUCCCCUCAGGACCAGACCUUGGUGGAGCUGCAGAACGGCCUGCUGCUGGUCAAGGCUGACCUGAGGAGAAAGGCAGAGUGCCUGGCCCAGAUGCCCCCCUCUGCUACGCCCGGCUCCUGUAAGAAGAGGGGCUGUGGGGCAGGGGCAGCAGCAGGCAACGCAGAGAACCAGCCCCCAGAGAAAAGACCCUUCUUCCUCUCCCUUUUCCCACAAUGCACCCCGUCACGAAACAAACAGGGACACCGUGAGGAUCAAACCACACGCUACUCACGGGUUCUGCGCUCCCACCUGACUCCUCCCUCUAGCAGGUACAGGGUCACAAAGUGCUAACUUGAGAGCUGAAAAUCAGGAGUCUGUAUUUAUAUUCUUAUACCAUUAUGCAAACCAAAUUUUAAAUGUGUAUUGUUUUGUUUACUUGUAAUGGCACGUUUCAAAUGUCACUUUAUUCCAAAUGUUACUGUAUAUACACACAAAGGUGUCUUCCUAGAGCUUCAACUCUCCUCGUGGACCCCUAGACAGUUCAAUCCUGAACUAGCACACCUGCUACGAGUGGAAUCGGGUGUGUUAACUCUGGACUAGACAUAUACAUGGAACAGCUGGGGCUCCCCGAAGAGAGGUUGUAGAGGACUUCAAAUAUCUUGUUUGAGUAAACACAUCUACGGUCUGAAUAAAAUGAGUGAUGUUUGUCAAUGCAGGAUAAUAUUGGAGCUUCUAGUUGUAUGACUGAUUGCAUACAACUGGUCUUUUUGCACAUUAGUUCCUACUCAAUUGCAUGUUACAAUCAAUUUUAAAUCACAUUCUCGCUUGUCAA